AUGGUCAAUGAAAGUGAAUGGAAUGCAGAUCUUAGAGUACUUGGUGGAGGGGUUGUCAUUGUUCUCCCGUCGUUAUACAAGAACAAGAAACACUACAACAGUUGGGACAUGGUCGCCGUUGCUAUGGAAAUUGAGCCUUUAAAGAGCCUAACGAUUGAACACGCUGAAUGUAUCUUACAACGAGAUAUUAUUGCGCCAACUGCUCUCAAAAAGUUUCGCAGGGAUAUCCUGAAGUCGUUAUGUCAAAAGUUCCAACUAUCUGUCCCCUCCACUGCCAAAAGAAACCACGCGGAGCCUACCAAAACCGACUACGAGAAUGCUCUGAUAAAUUUUGUGUUGGGUACGCAUGAAGAUAGUCAAGCCGAUAUUGAGAUCGGUAUUGAGAUGGUGGCAGUCGAUAUGCGGAGCUUGCCUUUAGAACCUCUCCUGGUGGACAAAGACGAAGCUGCACGAAGUGUUCCUGAAGUUCCCCAUCGCAUACUCUGCGUACGACACUUUGAAGGGCCAAAAGACUGGUGUCACAGACAAGAGAUUGAUGUCGAGUGCAAUGACAAGGGAGACCUCGACCUUUUCACAGUCCUUCAAAAGCUUCGCAUGAACGGAAAAGUCGUCGUUUUGGAUCCAUGGAAGCUGUGGCCGUUUCUCGAGUACAAGGUGAACAUGCUCGAAGCUGACGACAUUGACUUGCUCUUCAAAGAUGGCUACCUAUGUGUAAUCGGUGAGAGGACAUCAACCAACAAGAUGCUAAUGACCAUGAUACGACUCAUCUCAUUAUCUAGUUCAACCAGAAAAGCAUCACUGACGGGUUUUUCCUUGGGUUCCAACCAUAUGCUAACGGCACGCCCUGGAGACAACAUUGACGUCGACCAGCCAGGGAACAAUUGCUCACUCCCUGUACGACCUUAG